GCCAGGCGGGGCGGAGCGGGGCGCCGGGUCGCGCGCCCAGGACUCGGCCUGUCCCCGCGGCGGCCGCUCGGGCCCCAGCCCUCCACCACCCCCACCCCAGCCCCAGGCCUUGACGGGCGGGCGGAGCAGCCAGUGCGAGCCGCGGAGGCCGGGCCGGGUGCGGGAACCUGAUCCGCCCGGGCGGCGGGGGCGGGGCGGGGCGGGGGCGCGGGGAGCCGAGGCCCGGCGCCCGCCCGCCUCCCCCAUUCAUUCAGCCGAGCCCGGGGGCCGAGGGGCGCGGGCGGCCAGCUCUGCUCGGCGGGAGCGCGGGCGCAGGGCCCGGGCCUCCGGGGCGCUUCCUCGCCGCCGCCCUCCGCGCGAGCCACCAUGUCCGACCCCGCGGUCAACGCGCAGCUGGACGGGAUCAUUUCGGACUUCGAAGCCUUGAAAAGAUCUUUUGAGGUCGAGGAGGCCGAGACACCCAACUCCACCCCGUCCCGGAGGCUCCCGACCCCCCUGCUCCGGGCCACGGUGGCCAGCUCCACCCAGAAGUUCCAGGACCUGGGUGCGAAGAAUGCCGAGCCCGCGGCCCGCCAUGUAGACUCCCUCAGCCAGCGAUCCCCCAAAGCCGCCCUGCGGAGGGUCGAGCUCUCGGGGCCCAAGGCCGAGCCCGUGUCCCGGCGCACGGAGAUCUCCAUCGACAUCUCGUCCAAGCAGGUGGAGAACGCCAGCACCACCGGGCCGUCCCGCUUCGGGCUCAAGCGAGCCGAGGCGCUGGGCCACAAGACGCUGGAGCCCGCCCCUCGGAGGACGGAGAUCACCAUAGUCAAGCCCCAGGAGUCAGCGCACCGGAGGAUGGAGACCCCCGCCUCCAAGGCCCCCGAGGUGCCCGCCGCCCCCACCUCGGACGCAGCCCCCAAGAGGGUGGAGAUCCAGGUGCCCAAGCCAGCCGAGGUGCCCGCCUCCCCCGUCCCACCCCAGACCCUGGAGAAUUCGGAACACGCCCCGGUGUCUCAGCUGCAGAGCAGGCUGGAGCCCAAGCCCCAGCCCCCGGCGGCCGAGGCCCCACCCAAGAGCCAGGAGGCCCCCGAGGCAGCUCCUGGCUGCAUUGGCGACAUGGCCGACACCCCCAGAGAUGCCGGGCUGAAGCAGGUGCCCGCGCCCCGGAACGAGAAGGCCCCCGCGGACUUCGGCUAUGUGGGCAUCGACUCCAUCCUGGAGCAGAUGCGCAGGAAGGCCAUGAAGCAAGGCUUCGAGUUCAACAUCAUGGUGGUCGGGCAGAGCGGCUUGGGAAAGUCCACCUUAAUCAACACCCUCUUCAAAUCCAAGAUCAGCCGGAAGUCCGUGCAGCCGACCUCGGAGGAACGCAUCCCCAAGACCAUCGAGAUCAAGUCUAUCACGCACGAUAUCGAGGAGAAGGGCGUCCGCAUGAAGCUCACGGUCAUCGACACGCCGGGGUUCGGGGACCACAUCAACAAUGAGAACUGCUGGCAGCCCAUCAUGAAGUUCAUCAAUGACCAGUACGAGAGAUACUUGCAGGAGGAGGUCAGCAUCGACCGCAAGAAGCGCAUCCCGGACACGCGUGUCCACUGCUGCCUGUACUUCAUCCCGGCCACCGGCCACUCCCUCAGGCCCCUGGACAUCGAGUUCAUGAAGCGCCUCAGCAAAGUAGUGAACAUCGUCCCCGUCAUCGCCAAGGCCGACACGCUGACCCUGGAGGAGAGGGUCUUCUUCAAACAGCGGAUCACCGCGGACCUGCUGUCCAACGGCAUCGACGUGUACCCCCAGAAGGAGUUCGACGAGGAUUCGGAGGACCGGCUGGUGAACGAGAAGUUCCGGGAGAUGAUCCCGUUCGCUGUGGUGGGCAGCGACCACGAGUACCAAGUGAACGGAAGGAGGAUCCUCGGAAGGAAAACCAAGUGGGGCACCAUCGAAGUUGAGAACACCACCCACUGUGAGUUCGCCUACCUGCGGGACCUCCUUAUCAGGACACACAUGCAGAACAUCAAGGACAUCACCAGCAGCAUCCACUUCGAAGCGUACCGGGUGAAGCGUCUACACGAGGGCAGCACGUCCAACGGCGUCGAGGAGAAGGGGCCAGAAGCCCAGGAGAUGUAGACCCCCCCCCUCACCCCCCAGGACCCCGCCCCCCAGUCCCUUCCACCGCCACCCCCAGGCCCGCCCACACGCCCCGUUUUAUUUUAUAUAAUUUCCUCCGUUUGUCAUCGUUCUCCUCCCCUUUACACGCUGCCCAGUAACAAGAUGGCGUGUGCCCUCCUGAGUGUGUUCCUUGUUAGCCGCUGACUGUGGGGCCCGGAUCGGGCGGGCCUCGGAGAGGAGGCCGCCUCUCUGGCCGUCCCGUGGCCAAGAGGAGCAGGAGAGGCCCCGCUGAUGAGGGCCAGCCCCCAACCCCAGGCCCGGCUCCUGGUGGCCCUCGGCCACAGCCUCCGAGCGUGGUGGCCGUGAGCGGCCGCCGGCCUCGUGACCUGGACCCCCUUCCUGCCCCCUCCUCCCUCCGAGGCCCCGGCCAUAA